UCACCAUUUUCAUUCCACAAGUUGCAACCUUUAACAAUCCUAACCACAUAAAAUCCCUUUAUAAAAAAAAAACCCAUGUUUUAAAAUCAAUUAUAUUUCAUGUUUUUUUCCCCCUAAUUUUCUUCUUGUAUUUUCCAAGAAAAUGGAUACUAGUUAUGGAAUUACCUCUAUUAUGAAUUGGGGUUGUGUUAAUUCCAAUCCAAAUUUAAAAAGUUCAAAACUUUAUAAUACCCUUUAUGUUAAUUCAUGCUUUAGGGAUUCAUUUGUUGAUAAAAGUUAUAAAUUUAGUGUUUUGAAAUUGGAGAAUAGUGUUAAUUAUAUCAGAAGUUAUAAAAGUUUCAAACUUUAUGAUACCCUUUAUGUUAAUUCAUGUUCUAGGGCUUCAUUUGGUAAUAAAAAUGAUAAAUUUGGGGUUUUGCAAUUUCAAGAUUUUAGGGUCUUAUGUAAAGGUGUGAAAUUGGAUACUAGUGUUGUGACAAGUGAUGACGAGGAUGAAAUGAGUGAAGGGUUUUUCGAAGCAAUCGAGGAGUUAGAAAGAAUGACAAGAGACCCAUGUGAAGUUCUUGAGGAAAUGAAUUCGAGAUUGACUAAUAGGGAAUUGCAACUGGUGUUGGUUUAUUUUUCACAAGAAGGUAGGGAUAGUUGGUGUGCUUUAGAGGUUUUUGAGUGGUUAAAGAAAGAAAAUAAAGUUGAUGAUGAAACAAUGGAGCUUAUGGUUAGUUUGAUGUGUGGUUGGGUAAAGAAAUUGGUUGAAGGAAGACAUGAGAUUGAUGAUGUGGUUGCGAUUUUAGUUGAUAUGGAAUGUGUUGGGUUGAAACCGAAUUUUAGUAUGAUUGAGAAGGUGAUAUCGUUGUAUUGGGAUAUGGGUGAGAAAGAUAAAGGUGUUUUGUUUGUUAAAGAGAUUUUGAGGAGAGGAAUUGGGUAUGAAGACGGUGAGAAAGUCCGGCGGAAAGGUGGUCCUACUGGGUAUCUUGCUUGGAAGAUGAUGGAGGACGGCAAUUACAGGGAUGCAAUCAAGCUAGUAAUCCAAUUUAAAGAAUCCAAUUUGAAGCCAGAGGUUUACAGCUAUCUAAUUGCCAUGACUGCUGUAGUAAAAGAAUUGAACGAAUUCGGAAAAGCUUUACGCAAGUUAAAAGGCUUCAGCAAAGCCGGUUUAACUUCCAGUUUAGAUAUAGAAGACACACAGCUCAUCCAAGAUUACCAAUAUAGCCUUUUGGCAGACGGAGUUCGCUUAUCCAAUUGGAUUAUAGAAGAGGGGGGCCCGUCGUUACAUGGCGUGGUUUAUGAACGUCUUCUAGCCAUGUACAUCUGUGCAGGGCGUGGGCUUGAGGCCGAAAGGCAAUUAUGGGAAAUGGAACUAGUUGGGAAACAACCUGAUACAAACCUUUAUGAUAUUGUGUUAGCAAUAUGCGCUUCACAAAAGGAAACAAAUGCUAUUUCACGAUUGCUCACAAGAAUGGAGGUCACGAGCUUGUUGAAUAAAAAGCAAACCUUAACAUGGUUGUUACGGGGUUAUAUCAAAGGUUCUCAUUAUGAAGAUGCAGCCGAAGCUGUUUUUAAGAUGCUUGAUUUGGGCUUAUUCCCUGAAUUCUUGGACAGGGCUGCAGUUUUGCAGGGGUUGAGGAAAAGAAUCAACCAAUCAGGAAAUGUGGAGACUUAUUUUAAACUUUGCAAGCACUUGUCAGAUGCAGGUUUGACCGGGCCUUGUCUUAUAUAUAUGUAUAUAAAGAAAUAUAAGCUUUGGGUGAUCAAAAUGCUUUAAGUUGGGUAACUUACUAGCUAUGACUUUAUAUAGUUUAAGCAAAAUAUCAUCGUGUAUAUGUGUAAUACUGUAACGUGUAUAGAGCUAAUAAUUCGAGUGAGCUGUAGUGAAAAUGUUGAUAUUACCUAUUCCCACCAGUCCUGUAAUUUUGAUUAUAACAUAUAUAGUGCACCUGGGAUAUAUUUGUUCA